GUAUUAUGUAACUACCUAACUACUAUUUAUAUUUUUAUUUUUUACAAUAAAUCUUUUAAAAAAUUAUUUUUCAUUUUCUAUCUAGAAAAUUCUAAAAAAUGGAAAAUAUUUCUUUUAAUUUUUACCCUUACUAUUUUUAAUUUAUAACACAUUCCAUGAAAUUUUUUAGGUAACUACCUAGAUCUAAUUUCGUUAACUGGCCUUAUAAUAAUCUUCUCUCCAAUCUUUUUUUACAUUUACAUAUAACAAUUUUUUUGGAGCAAGUGAAUAACUUCAAUGAAUUAUUAUAUUAUUUUUUACACCCUAUAAUUAUGCAUGAUAAACAAGUAAACAAAAAAUUCCAUGAUUAUCACGUCAUCCCACUCCAUUUUCUUUUCAUCUCCAUACAUUUUUCUCUUUAAAAUUACAAAUGGUUAAACGCUAACAGACAAAUACCUACCUAUAUCCUUUAUGAACCCAAUCCAAGUGUUCACUGUUAAAACUCGGAAACAAAAGGAAAACACGAUGACAAGAACUCAACGGUUAUAGGGACCUGAAUCUAGUGUAGAAUCCUAGGUUUUUCUGGCUCUGUUCUGAUUCUAAUUCGAUUUUUAUAAGUACAAUGUCUGCCCAAUUUUUGCCUGAUAUAAUUUUUAGUACAAAAUGAGGAGUAAAACGGGUGCUGAUAGUUUGAAAAGCGUUGCUAUGGUAAUAAAUAUAAUUCUAAAAAUAUAUUUUUUGAAUAAUUCUUGAGUAUUUUAACCUAAACUACUAAAAUUUCAUUAUUAUUUGUUUAAAUAGAUUUUCUAAAAUUUAUUUUUAAAUGUCUUCGUUGAUUAAAGAAGGCUUUAUACAACGUUAUAAAGCUGGAUUUUUAAUUUCUAACAAAUGGAAAAGUAAUUAUGCUGUUUUAUAUUCUGAUUCAACACUUGCAUUUUUUAAUAAUAGGGGUGAUGCAAGACCAGUCGAAACAAUUUUUCUAAAAAAUGUUGUCCCUUACACCUGUGUUGGAUUCAUGUGUGAUAGGAUGCCUGUCCGUCGUCCAUCUCUACCGCAAGGUGUAGCUGUUCAACGUUUGGUGGGUAUUGGAAUGGAUCCGCAAGCCUCAAAAGUUCAUUGGAUUCUUUUUCCAUCAGAACAAAUAUUAGAAGAAUGGAUGAAUGCUAUCCUUUCGACUCUACCCAAACCACCACCAAAUCCUUCACAGAAUACUCCUCAACAGCCUACAAGUGAAAAAACUUUUGUUCCCCCAGCAAGAUACCCGGACGCCCCACCUGCUUAUCCAACACCACCAAUGUCAAAUACUUAUCCUUCCAAUGUUCAGCAGCCGCAACAGAACCCUUAUGGAGCGAGACCUCAAUAUCCACAGCAACAACCUUAUUAUCCUCCCCCACAGCCUCAAACAGUAAUUAUUGAUCGUACAUCAACAGCCUAUGCUCAACCAACUGCUACUUCCACAUUUGGCACUGGAUUAGCAGCCGGAGCUGGAGGGGCACUCCUUGGCUCUCUUCUAGGUUACGGUAUUGGCAGUAUGUUUGCACCACAUGGGGGUUGGGGAGGUGGUGGAUGGGGAGGGGGUUAUGGAGGUAGUGGGUUUGGUGGAGGAUAUAUACAGGAUAAUGAUACUUACAUAACUAACAAUUAUUAUAUGAAUGAUGAUAAUAAUCAGAGCUCAAUACCUGUAGUGAACGAUGUUACUGACUCUACAGAUUAUUCUCAUCCUGGAAUUACCGAUUAUAGUGGCGGAACUUAUGACUAUGAUGGAGGGGGAGCUUGGGAUUCAGGUGGAGGCUUUGACAGUGGUGGAGGAUUUGAUAGUGGAGGUGGAUUUGAUAGUGGUGGUGGUGAUUGGUGA